UUUUGAUGGAACUAUUUGUUAAUUAUAGAGUUUGAGUAAAAAAAGAAAAUUGAAUGAAUUUCAUCCAAGUAAGGCACACACGAGUCGUCGUCCUGAUUGGCGUAUUCGCCGAUGACGACAACAUGUGGGGGUUGCCCAGAGUGAUUUGUACACGGGAGAGAAUCAAGAUGAUAGGAAAAUACUGGCGAAACCUGCUGCUCGGUACCAUUUAUAUGGCAAGCUGCACACCCGCGUCAACUCAGUCGUUGUGUUCAUUUUGCAGUUUGAAAAAUUGAGCAUUAAACACAAAAUUUUUAACUUCUUCCUUCAUCAUUGUUUUUUAGUCCUUAGGAUUAUUGAAUUUUUUUUCCAUUUUGUUCUCUUCUUCUUCUUCUUAAAAAAAAAAAAAAAAAACCGAGUUGAUUCUUUUCGUCUCUGGAAAAAAAAAUAAUAAUCGGCGUUUGUAUAUAAACUUUGUGCGUGAAUGUCGAUACAAGUUUUUUCGUCAAGUGCGACUAAUACGGAAUCGCUUCGCAGAGCGAUUCUUCUUUCUUCACUGUGGGAUUUUUAUUUUCAUUAAUUUCUUUGAUUUUUUUUUUGUUUUUAAUUGCCACGAAGAGAGACUAGAAAAUGUUUAAAAAGUGGAGAAGAUAAAGAGCGAGAAGAGACUUAGAAAAAGGAGACAAUAUUAUUUCGAAAAAAUUGUCAAUUUUUGCAAAAAAAAGAGAGAAAAUUAGAAUGAAGGGAGUCGACAUUGUAAGUGAUGAGAAAAUGGGAAGAAUCGGUGGAGCAUAUAUAAAUCAUGCGCUAAGUGGUUCUGGUGGAAGUCUAAAUCUCAUGCAAGCAAAUGGCUCCUCUCAAAAACUUCAGAAUUCACAUAAAGUUCAUCCUGAGAUACAGGGAUCAUCCGACUUCAUCUUGGUGGAAGAGCCCGGAGAUGACGAGGGCAACCAAAAGAAUAGUAUCUGCAAAUCAGUGGCAGAAUUGGCGAAAAGACGUGCACGAGCGAUUUGCACGAAAAAAACUCUAUACAAAAGAUUACCAAUUUUGCGAUGGUUACCGAGGUACAAUGCACAAGAUGCGCUUGGUGACCUCGUGGCAGGAAUCACAGUCGGUUUGACUGUGAUUCCCCAAUCUCUGGCAUAUUCGCGUGUCGCGGGAUUGCCAGCUCAGUAUGGACUUUAUGGCAGUUUUCUCGGCUGCUUUAUUUAUAUUAUAUUCGGAUCCUGUAAGGAUGUUCCUGUGGGUCCCACUGCCAUUGCUUCGUUGCUAACAUACCAAACAGUGGCUCAUUUAGAUGAUAAAGUCUCUCACGCCUUACUUUUAUGUUUCAUAGCAGGCGUCUUUGAAUUAUUGAUGGGAAUUUUCGGUCUAGGUUUCAUUAUAAAUUUCGUCUCCGGUCCUGUUAGUUCAGGAUUCACAUCAGCUGUAGCUUUAAUUAUUGUUACGUCACAAAUAAAAGAUAUUUUAGGAGUACCCGCGGAAGGUACGACUUUUCUCGAUAUGUGGACAAGCAUCAUUGAUAAAGUAUCGUAUGGUCCAAUUUCUUAUUUGGAUGCUUCAAUUGGUGUCUCCUGUAUCGUUUUUUUACUUAUUUUUAGGAUGAUCACGUCAUUUAACAUAGGCCCCAAGCAAGAAGAGCUUCGAACAAGUAGGCAAAAAGUGAUAAACAAAAUUAUUUGGCUCACAGGAACUUCAAGGAAUGCCCUAUUAGUCAUCAUGUGCGGUGGCUUGGGCUAUUAUUUUUCGGAAAAUAAAGAAAUUCAUUUGAUUGGUGAAAUUUCAAGGGGAAUGCCAACGAUACAACUACCACCAUUUAGUAUAAAUAAUGCCAAUAGUACAAUUUCCUUCAUUGAGAUGUGUAAAAAUUUAGGAAGUGGAAUCCUUGUUGUUCCACUUAUUUCUCUCAUGGAAAAUGUGGCCAUCUGCAAAGCCUUUGCAAAUGGAAAAUCCGUUGACGCAACUCAGGAAUUAAUAGCAAUUGGAAUGGCAAAUAUAGGAAAUUCUUUUGUGCAAUCUUUUCCUGGGACAGGUUCAUUGAGCCGAAGUGCAGUUAACAAUGCUUCUGGAGUUAGAACCCCACUCGGUGGACUUUACACUGGUAUUCUCGUAAUCUUGGCACUUUUAUUCCUCACGCCUUAUUUCUAUUAUAUUCCAAAAGCGUCCUUGGCUGCGAUUAUUAUCGCUGCUGUCAUUUUUAUGGUUGAGGUCAAGGUCGUGAGGCCCAUGUGGAGGACAAAAAAAUCCGAUUUAAUACCAGGUAUUGGUACUUUUAUCGCCUGUCUGGUUCUGCAACUGGAAAUCGGCAUUCUUUUUGGAAUUGGACUGAACGUUCUUUUUAUUCUUUAUCAUGCAGCCAGGCCAAAGAUAUCUGUGGAAAAACUCUCGAGUCGUCAUGGAAUUGAAUACUUGAUGUUAACUCCAGAUAGAUGUUUAAUUUUCCCAUCAGUUGACUAUGUGAGAAAUCUCGUGACAAAAUACAGUUGUCGUGGUUCAAGUGUUUUGACACCAGUUGUUAUUGAUUGUUCGCACAUUUACGGUGCCGAUUUUACAGCCGCGACAGUUAUUGAAACUUUAACAAAAGACUUUGCUGCACGUGGACAACCAUUAUUCUUUUUCAAUUUAAAACCAUCGGUUCAUGCCGUCUUCGAAGGUGUUUCGCCCACUGAUUUUGUCGUUUAUUAUACCCGCGAAGGACUUGACGAUCUCCUCAAAGAACGUGGAUAUCUCAAUCAAAUUAAACACGACAUUCCAUUAGUCUGAAACAGAAACUUUCUAAUUUUUUUUUUUAAUUACUAAAUUACAAAAUUCAUUUCUCCCCAAUCGAUUCUUCGGUGGAAACACCACAACAUCGAUAUAAAUACAUAGAGAUGAAAAAGUAUUAAUUCCUGUAAAUUCUAGAUUAUUAUUAAUUAAAUAAAAAUAACUCUAAAAAAAAAAAAUGUUGAAAAUUUAGAAGAAAGAUUUUUAAAGAAAAAAAAGAAAAUUAGUUACAAAAAAAAAAUAAUGGUAAAUUUAAGAGAAUAUCAAUGUUGGAUGACUUAAAAAAAUGUCUUGAAAUAGUUUUUAACUUCGAUACUUUGUGCUACUAUUGUAAGAAAAACGAGAUUUAAAUUUACUGAAAUUAUUUAAUUAUAUAUUAAUAGAAAGAAGAUGAAUCUUGUUUUUCAUGAGAAUAAAAAUUAUAUAUUCACAAAUAGGUAUUUUAAUAAAUUUUGACGUCGCAUGGAAAAGUGUAAUUAUUAUGCACCGGAAACAGUAUUUUCGAAUGUAACUGCCGAGCGAUAAAAAGACAUUCUUUAUAGUAUUAUAUAUUACAUAAAGAUAUAAAAAAAAUUAUUUAUUACAAAGAAUAUUUUGAAAGAAAACUUGUACUUAUUAACAAUAUUUGUUAACAAUAAUCUUCAGUUGUCAUUUAAUUAGCGAAAAAUGUUAAUAUUGUAAUUCUAUAA